CAGAUGUGCCCGCUGCGUCUCCCGAACGGUGUACCGAUGCGAUGCCAUUACGGCCGCGGGCGUGAUGGCUGAUGGGAGGAAGCUGGAUACCUUCGGGCCCAGCAACGUAGGCUUUUUGUGCGAAAGCUACGGGAGGGCUGCGGAUACUUGAUCGGCCUUUUCUUGCCUAUCCUUUCUCGUGUCUUUCUUUCAUUCACGUCGGUCUGUCUGUUUGCUGGCAUUGUACACCACAUACUCCCCGAACUCCGCUCCUCCAUCCUCACCCUUCACAUACGUUUCUAAUUGCCAUGUCAACAACAGUACCCUAUAAAAUGGGAGUCUCCCGCGCCCUGGACAAUGCAAAGCAGACCACCGAGACCGUCCUCACCGAGGCCUCAACAACAAUGAAGUCCGCCGCCGAAAACCCGAAGCAAGCCACCACCAACUUCCUCCACACCCCGUUCAUGCGCGCCGCCCUGCCCUUCAUCAAUGGCGGCCUCGCCGGCAUGACUGCUACCACCGUCAUCCAGCCCGUCGAUAUGAUCAAGGUGCGCCUGCAGCUCGCGGGCGAGGGCGUCAAGACGGGCCCGAAGCCCACGCCCAUCUCGGUGUUCCGCGAAAUCGUGGCUGCGGGCAAGGUGCGGGAUCUGUAUACCGGGUUGAGUGCGGGUUUGCUGAGGCAGGCGGUAUAUACCACAGCGCGGUUGGGCUUCUUCGACACAUUUAUGAAGUCGUUAACUGCGAGCGCGGAAAAGAAGGGCUCGAAGAUCGGAUUCAAAGAGAGAGCGGGCGCUGGUUUGGCUGCGGGCGGCCUCGCUGCUAUGGUGGGCAAUCCGGCAGAUCUGGCGCUCAUCCGCAUGCAAUCCGAUGGCCUGAAGCCUGUCGCUCAACGCGCAAACUACUCCUCCGUCAUCGACGCGCUGGCCCGCAUUGCGAAGAACGAAGGCAUAACAAGACUCUGGGCCGGCUGCUACCCAACAGUAGUCCGCGCCAUGGCGCUCAACUUCGGGCAACUAGCUUUCUUCUCCGAGGCCAAGAACCAGCUCAAGACCACCUCACUAUCAUCCCGAACGCAAACGCUCACCGCAUCGGCCGUUGCAGGCUUCUUCGCUUCUUUCUUCUCCCUGCCGUUCGACUUCGUAAAGACGAGACUGCAGAAGCAGACAAGGGCACCCGAUGGCACGCUGCCGUACAAGGGCAUGUUUGACUGCUUCAAGAAGGUCGCCAAGGACGAGGGGCUGCUGAGGUUCUACAGAGGGUUUGGAACGUACUAUGUACGAAUCGCGCCGCAUGCCAUGGUGACACUCAUCGUGGCGGAUUACCUCGGCUUUAUCACGAAGUAGAGAAAAGCAGACGGAACAAGCUAGAUAUGGAUGGAGAAUUUUUUGUUGAUACUUUUCUACGUCUCGAAAUACCUUGCCAUGGCAUCUUGGGCAGAGCUUCCUUCUCCUUUGGGCGUUCGGC